ACUACAAUGAGGGGUCUGUUGACUCUGUUCCUAAUUUUUUAAAUUAAUAUGGGAAAUUUUUUGUUGUAGAACCUGAAUCAAGAUUCAAUACCCAAUUUUCUUUCCCCCUUCCUUCUACCAGCGAAAAACCAAUCCCCACUUCCUCAUUUCAGAUCUAAUUGAAUUCGCAGCGAAAUCGUUCAUCCCAAAAUUUUCACUCCUUUGUUCUCAAUCAAAAUCCCCAAUUUGUGUUACUCGACCACUCCCCAAUAUCAUCCAUGUCCGCAACUCACCGAAUUUGAAUGGAAAACCCUAAUUUUCAAAAUAUGAUUUUCAAUUUUUGAGCUUCAAUAAUGCAAAUUUCAUCAUUAAAAUACUUAUAAUCCAUGGAGGUUUUGUACGGAGAGUCUAGUCGCUGAGCUUAAACAACAAAUCUAACAGACAAGGGAUGAAUCGCAAUGUGAAAGUGAAGUUGAAGAAUUUUUCAAAUAUUUUUCACGAUUUCUGGGAGAAUUAUGGUUUAUUUAUUCGAUUUAUUACAUCUGGGAUGGUAUCUAAAAUUGCUUGAAUUCAUUCUUGUUUUCAUUGAUACUAAUUCUGAGUUUACCUCUAGAUCUGAGAGGAAGGAGGCGGCUAAUAAUACUCUCUCUGCCUACCAAGCUGUUCAGGGUAAAAGAGAACAAGACUAUAUUAACUGGGCAACUAAUGUGGCUGUUGGGCUUGGCGUUGGAUGGUAUGUCUCUAACUGUAUGACUUUUAGUCCAUUCUCAGAAGCAAGUCUAGCAACUUGUGUGAAUGAUGAGAAAGAUGUUAUGAGUUAUACGACUUGAAUUACUUAUAAUUAGGAUCCUUUUUUUUUCUUGGGUGAUUGAAAUCAUAAAUCAUAAUUUAUGAGGAAGCUAAGUAAGUAAGUUUGUUACCUUAAACAAGCUGAGCUUCUUACGAAUGAAAAUUGGUGCAACAAUUAACUCUAGCUUACGGUUCUCCUAUAACUCUUUAAGAUUUUUUUACUAUUUCUUUCGAAAAAUAUGUAUGUCAUUCGCCUUGUUCAUUGUCUUUUGUUUUCGGGUCAUUCUUGCACUUUUGUCACUUCUCUAAUGAAGGAAAUUUUAUACUUGUACAAGUUUAUGGAUUAGUGUUUUCAUUUCACUAUUAAGCAUGGGUGACUAGUUUAGGUGUCUGUACAUUUUUUAGGCCUAAGAAAGGUUAUGUAUUACAUAACCUAAUAAAUAUUUCCCAACAUUCUAUGAGUCAGGCAGAUGUGUAGUGCAUUCUUAUGGUACCUAUAGUUUAGAAAUCGUUAAUAUUUGUAAACCAAUAAUUCUUAGAGAUAUUUGUUAACUUCUUCGGUCUAUAAGGUCUGUUUCUGCAUCAAAGAUAAUCAUGUACGUACAUAUGUGAUAUGUCUUGUGUUUUGUUUUUUCUUCACAUACUAAUUCCUCUACGUUUGUCUAGCUUACGAAUUCAGGCAUCAGGAUUGCUCGUGGUUGCCCCGCCGGCCUUGAAAUGAUUAGCAUAGCAUACUGAUGAAGAUGCAAGGUUUAUAUGAGGCUAUAUUGAGUUGUAGAUAUUUCUUGUACUUUACAAUUUUUAGCCAUAUAUGUGAAAGUUUUUUACUUAUGUUCUUGCUUGAUCAUGAACGAUUUUGUAGAGAUUUUGGUAGAAUAUUAAUUUAUAAUAAUAGUUGGUGCUUUACUGAA